CCGCGUUUCGGUAUAAAAGACCCAAGGGACUCGUCUUUUCUCUUUUCGUUUCCUUCCUAUUUUCCUAUUUCCUAUUGUUCUUGUUCUUAAUCUCGUUCUCGCUCUCGUUCUCGUUUUCGUUUCUCGUUCUCUAUCCUUGGUCGCGUAUCUUUCUCUCUCUCUCUCUCGCGCGCUCUCUCUCUCUUCUUCUCCUUCACUCGUCACUCGCCUCUCUCCACUCCUCGCUCAGUCCCUCCCUCGUCCCACACACUCCUUCCCUCUCUCGCCUCGAUACCACACCAACAACUGCAUCGCUGCAUCCGGUCACAUCCACACCCUGGCAGCAACACACACACCAACACACACUGCCUUCACCCCGGCCCAGCAGUUCCUGCUCCAUUCAAAGGACGCCCUCUAUCCACUCACACCCCCCUUUUCCUCAACACAAUGCCUUCUCUCGCCGAACCAAAGACAUACUCGAGUCGAGCCCUUGAAAGGCUGUUUCGAGGCCCGGUCACCCAACAAAUGAUCGAUCACAUUGCCAGUUUUGCUAGCACGGUCAUUGAGUGCAGUCCCCCGCCUCCUGCACUCGCGGAUGUCUACAGCAGCUCCCUCCCCUCACCGUCAAGCACACCUGCCCGUCGCAGCAGCACUAGCAGUAGUAGCAGCAGUAGCAGCAGCGGCAGCAGCAGUGAGUCAGCGAUGGUGGCGGUCCCUCCACUGAACGAGUUCAUUCGGACUCUGGUCGUCAACUCGAACGUGCAGGCCUCGACACUCCUCCCUACGCUAGUCUAUCUCGAGCGACUGAAGUACAAACUUCCUGUCGCAGCCAAGGGCAUGCAUUGCACCUGCCACCGUGUCUUCCUCGCAAGCCUGAUCGUGGCAGCAAAGUACCUCAACGACCAAUCGCCAAAGAACAAGCACUGGUCGGCUCACUCGGCCGUCUUUUCCGUGGGGGAGGUCAAUUUGAUGGAGAAGCAGCUGCUCUCGCUCCUUGACUUUGACCUUCGUAUCACCGAGGCUGACUUGGCAUCGAGUCUACAAGGUUUCCUGCAGCAACAGACAAAGACUUUGGCCUCCGCGGUGUCCUCCACAGACCUACCGAGCGGCCGUUAUGCCCCACCUCCAUCCAUCAAUACCCAUCCGGUCCAGAAAUCAACCCAUGUCCCCUCAACACCUUCGCCCAAGAACAGCAUCACGCAGCCCUUGAACCAGCAGUGCACCAACAAGAGGAUUUCCCAGAGUCGGGCGCAGCCUCAGCAGAGCCGGACGCAGGUCCACAUGUUGCAGCAGCAACCCCAUGACGCGUUCCGGAGACGUCCCUCGUUGCCGAACCAGCCUUGUCUGGAGGACGGAGAAAUUAUGCCGGUCGUGAAGAAGGCCGUCCGCAGCCAUCAGAACCAUUACCCUUCACCGGACGGCGGGUCGGAGCAGCCCCCACAUCGGUUGCAGGACGAGGAGAUGAUGACCCCGGCCGGAUCCUCGCACUCUUCACCCGAGAAUGUCGGGCAUGGCAUUUCACUUCAGCGAUCAUGGACCCCGGCAUCGGGAAAUCUCUACGGCCGCCACUCGCUGCCACCCCUAGCAUCGCUGACUUAUACCAACCAGGCCCACGGCCACGUGCACCCGCAUGCCUAUAGUAGCAUGGCUCAUCAUGAAAGUGCCGGCCGCAACGGAACCUGGACGGGCUCGAGCCGUGCCAUGUGCUAAAGAAAAAAGAUUUUUUCUUUUGUGGUCCUUGCCCCCCCUCCUCCCCAUGCUUAUGCCUCUGUGCCUUGUGCUCCCGGGCAAAGUUGCGUCCCGUUCAGGACCGCUUGCAAUCAUUUCUUUUUUAUGAUUUCGCCCCUCUAUCCAUCCAUCCAUCCAUCCCAUCCCAUCCCAUCCCUUUACACGCACAUGUUUCGUCCCGUCUGCGUUUUAUUUUACCAGCGUCUAUGUAUUUUUAAUGUAGUCAUCCAAACCUUUUUUCUUCUUUGCUUGUAUAUUACUUCACGCCUCUCCAGCAGCCGAGAGUCACCUCCCCACCGAGCCAUAACCUCGGAUCCUUAUGAUAAAGAAAACAGAAACAAAAAAAAAAAAAAAAAAAAAAAA